CUCUUUUCAAUGUGACUUGCACUCGCUCGACUUGAAACCAGAGGCGAGGUUCAGGGUUUGGGGAACAAGACGAAGAAGGAGAGGAAGAAGCGGCAACUGAUGAGACAGAAAACAUAUGUUGAGAACUUACUUCUCUCUUAGAGUCGUGUUAAGAAUUUUAAUUAAGCUUUGAUCAGGCGUCUUGAGAUCUGCAGGUCGGUCCCCUCUAGGACUGUGCUGUGUGGUCGUGACAAGAACACACCCUGACUCCUGGAUAUGGCAGGUCUCUGUGGUGUCAAGAUCCUGCUGCUCUGGGCUGGAAUCAUUGGUUUGACCAAAUGUCAAGUGUCCUAUGUACCAGACAAUGCUCCCACUGCCUCAGCUACAACCAGCGACACGAAAGGCCCUUCCUCCCUGACCUCAACUGAAGACUACUGGCUCAACAACACAGUGGAUAACACCACCCCAGUGCGUCGCUCUACAGCUCCGCUGCUAGAGUGUAAUUACACUGUAAAACCCAUCAAGUUUGGCCUCCAGAUUGACAUCACAAGCUCUGCAGUUAACCCUGUUCCUACCUCCAUAAUGAUUCAUGAAGAAGGGAAACCACAGACUGCAGCAAGAUCCUCAGCUCCUCAUUCCAAUCCAAGUUCAUCCCAUGAAAUCAAACAGCUGAAGCCCUGCACUAAAUAUGAGUUUAAUGUGACACUUGACGAUAAAGACCGACCAACACCCUGCGAACGCAUGACUGUAAAUGAUCCCAUUACAGAUCCAAUAAGUGAACAUGACAUUGAAGAUGCCAACUGCUACUUUACUGUGUGUUACCAAUCUGGAUGGGACAUCAGCUCUUUACAAACGACCCCAGAUAUGAUCCCAGAUCUGCAAUGUGGCAACAACACCGUCUGUUUCAAACCUGGUUCUGAUGACAUUUGCUCUAAUAUGACUUUCACCUUCACCUCCUGCACCAACACUUCCUUUCAGUUCAACAGAAACAUCACCCGCGAUUUUUUAGAUGUCAAAAAUAUAAAACAAAAUGCUCCAAAACAAUUUCCUGUAGAAUUUGAAACAAAAUUACCUCCAAACUGCAACCUCUCCAUUGAUUACACCUGUCAUGUGAUCUAUUCGGACUACCGCAAAAUGGUGAUUGAGAGUUUCAAAAAGGGUAAGAAUCUAUCUGAGCUGGAGCCUUUCACGUACUACAAGUGUAUCGGUCACAUCAAGGACAAGAACCAUGUCAACGUAUACGACACAACUGAAGUUAAAGUCCGGAUCGACUGUGAUCUCAAAAUAGACUUCACAAGUAUAAGCACCACCAACACAUCCUCUCAGCUGACCUGGACCACGACCAGUAACAGAUGUAAAGACGUGAUUCAGAAUCAUACGAGUCUUUCGUACCGCUGCGGCUGUGGAGAUUCAUACAAAUAUGCAGGUGACCUAGGUUUCAAACAGCCUUCAGGAGGAACCUGCAACAUUCCUGAUCUGCAGCCAAACAUGGACUACACCUGCUGGGUCCAACCCUAUUACCAGUACGGUCAAGUCGGGAAUCUCCUUUCUGUUCAACAGAAAACUGAGAUUGGAGUACCAGAGGAUGUACAUAAUCUGAAGCUGGAGGUCAAAGACCAUAAUACGAUCAUUGUGACCUGCAAUCAUUCUCAAAUCUUCAAUGGACCUGAGAGAAUAUUCAAAGCACAACUUCAUGAUGGUGGUAGCUCUGUGGAAAGAAAUGAUGAAACAUGUGAAUUUGAAUUCAAGAACCUGAAGUACUCUACGAACUACACAGUGAAGGUGACUGCUGUCAACAGUCUGUUUGAGAGCAACCCCAUCACAAAGCAUAUUUCUACUGAAUAUGUCGAUGCUGGAAUUGGUUUUCACGUCUUCCACAUCCUCCUCACGUCUGGAGCUCUGCUGCUGGUCGUCCACAAGAUCUAUGACUUGAGGUUCAGGAAGUCCCAAGAAUGAAGAGUUUGUCUUCUGUCUGUCCAGCAGAGGCCGCUGUUACCUCGAGAUCCCUGCAGGAGAUUUAUCCUCAAGAACAAAACAACUGAUUAACUUUGUUCAAGCAAAUUCAAACAUUCUGAUGAGAAUCUAGUUUCAGGAUCAGACUUUAAAAACAAGCUGGGUCCAAGUCUUAAAAUAAAUCAUGUAUUUAAGAAGAUACAUUUAAAUGUUCAUGUGUCGUAUGUUUGGCAUCUUUCUCGUUUUCUUCUUUUUUAAGCAGUGGUCCAUCACCGGGCUUUAUCAUAUAAAAGUGGAUAAUGCAAAGCUGCGAGAAAGCUCGUUGGUUCUGAGUGAAGUUCACAGCGGUUUGUUAUCUCUCUUAUAAAGGUCACUGUUUGAGACGUUACUCUUUGACCUCGAUCUUGCAGGUGGCCUGGAUGUCCCAUCAAAACUCUCUUUUAAAAUGUGCUGGUUUUACAUUUGCUUCAUCAGCUGAGAGUUUGACAACAUUAACUUCUAUUGUUUUGUUGUUUUUCAUAUCUUAUUUUUAAUUUUUAUUAGUGCUGACGAUAUAUAGAGAAAUUUGAAAUUAGUAAUAAAUGUAUAAUAUAUAGAGAAAUCUGAAUUUUUGUGUCGAUUAAUAAUUGAAGCCCUUGAAAACAAAUAAAGCUUUUUUUUAAUGCUC